AUGUCCCAGUCACUAGGCGACGAAGUGAGCCGACCCCUACCCGGGGACAGCCCGCGUUGGGCCGUCAAACGGCUGGACCGCGAGGUCCUGAUUGAGGCAGCACUGGUGCAGGCGUGGUUGCCGGCACUCGAGAACCCGGUGGAGGAGGAAGCCGAGUACUUCGGCCAGGCCAUGCCGCAAGUUUGCGACGCGGCCAUGCCACGGAUCGGUCCUCAGCCUCCGAGGGGUUCAGUGUACUGGUGGUCGAGCGAAAUAGCGCAGUUGCGCAAAUAUUGCGUGGCUGCGAGACGCCAGUACACCCGGUGCAGGCGACGACGCCAGCGGAACGCAGACGCGGAGCAGCGCCUGUACGGCAAUUACCGGGAAGCCGUCGGGACCCUGAAGGUAGCAAUGGCAACAGCCAAAAAUCUGGCGGAGGAGAAGAUGCUGGCUAGCCUCGAUGCCGAUCCCUGGGGCCGGCCAUACAAAACGGUGAGGCGUAAGCUUCGCCCCAGGGCCCCACCGCUAACCGAAUCUCUUCAGCCUCAGCAACUGGAGUUAGUGGUGGGGACUCUGUUCCCCAGGAGGGAUGGCUUGGAGCCACCGUGUAUGGCGCCACCCAUCGGUGCUGCGGACGCGUCUUUUACGGGCGCGCCCGAAGUCACCGAGGGAGAACUGAGGGCGGCGCUGCUGCGGCUUCGAGCCAAAAACACUGCGCCGGGACCCGACGGCAUUCCCGGCCGGGCCUGGGUCGUGGCUUUGGGUCCGCUAGAGCCACGCGUCAGAGCGCUUUUCAGCGCUUGUCUGGAUCAGGGUCAGUUUCCGACUGCUUGGAAGACGGGGAAACUGGUCCUGCUCCGGAAGGACGGACGUCCGGCACACUCGCCGUCGGCUUAUCGGCCCAUUGUGCUGUUGGACGAGGUGAGCAAGCUCUUUGAGCGGGUAAUCGCUGGUCGCCUCGUCAAGCACCUGGAGGAGGUGGGGCCGGAUCUCAGCGACUUUCAGUUUGGUUUCCGCCGGGGCAGGUCCACCAUUGACGCGGUCGCACGGGUGAGGGCUCUGGCGGAGGAUGCAGUUUCCCGGGGUGGGGUGAGUCUUGCGGUGUCUCUUGACAUCGCCAAUGCUUUUAACACUCUGCCCUGGGCUUGCAUUAAGGCGGCGCUGAGAUACCACGCGAUGCCGGUCUAUUUGAGGCGAAUCGUGGCGGCCUACCUCUCCGGUAGAGCCGUGUGCUAUCCGACUGGCGGCGGGUCAGUCCGGAGGGAGGUCUCGUGCGGCGUUCCGCAGGGGUCGGUUCUCGGUCCACUCCUGUGGAACAUCGGGUACGAUUGGGUGCUGCGGGGCUCUAACCUGCGGGGUGUCGACGUCACUUGUUACGCAGACGACACUCUUGUUAUGGCCCGCGGCAGUACCUUUAGGGAGGCACGCAUGUUGGCGACCGCUGGGGUGGCCCAAGUUGUGGCUCGGAUCCGACGGUUGGGGCUGGAGGUCGCCCUUAACAAAUCUGAGGCUUUGUGUUUUCACGGGCCUCGGAUGGCACCUCCAGCUGGGUCGAAUCUGGUGGUGGGAGGAGUUUCCAUCGCUGUCGAGUCAACGAUGAAGUACCUGGGACUCGUCCUCGACAGCCGAUGGAAAUUCGAGGAGCACUUUCGGCGCCUGGCCCCCAAACUCAUCGGGGCUGCAGGGGCGCUGAGUCGGCUCCUCCCUAACUUGGGCGGACCUGGCGUUGGCUGCCGCCGCCUGUACACAGGAGUGGUGCGGUCGAUGGCCCUGUAUGGAGCACCGAUCUGGGCAGACGCUCUUGUCGCCCGUAAUAGGACCCUGCUGCGAAGGCCGCAACGGGUCAUGGCGGCAAGAGUGAUCAGAGCGUACCGCACCAUUUCGCACGAGGCGGCCUGCGCGUUGGCAGGGACACCCCCGUGGGACCUGGAUGCGGAGGUGUUGGCGUGUGUGCACGAGCGAAGGGUGGAGGUCCGCAUGCGGGGAGAACACCCUUCGCCGGAGAGGGUCACUGGGUGGCGGCGUUUAGCGCAGGCCGAGCUCUUUCGCCAAUGGCGAGAGAGGCUCGAGUCGCCCAGUGCCGGUCUGCGGACUAUUGACGGGAUUCGCCCCGUGCUUCAGCAGUGGGUGGAGAGAAGACACGGGGUGAUGACCUUCAACCUUGCGCAGGUGCUUUCAGGACACGGUUGUUUCGGAAAGUACCUGUGCAAGAUCGCCGGUAGGGAACCUACCGAGGAGUGCCACGAGUGACGCUUUUGCGGCUGCGCUGUGGACACGGCGCAACAUACGCUUGCCGAUUGCCCGAGCUGGGGUGAACUCGUGGCGGUAGUGGGACAAGACCUCUCCCUGCCGGCUGUGGUCAGGACAGGUGGACCGUCGGAGAUGGCGGAUGAAUUAUCAUCGGGGAGGGAUGGCGCUCCAGGACCGCAGACGCGUUCACGCCGGAGCAACAGGGCGGUUGCAGUAAGGGGCGGAGCUUCGGCCCGUACCCCUGUUGUUGCAAGGUACUCGCGCCGGGAUGAUUCCGUCUCGCCGAGCUCCCGGAACUCGUCGAUGUCGCGGUGCUCGACGCCGGCAUCAAGGGGGAACUAUGGCGUGAGAAGCGCCAUGAAUGAACUCAGGGUGGCGGCUGAGGAACAAAAGGAGGCUGCCUUCAACCGGUUCCUUCAGGACCGCAUAGUAGGACAGGAGGCUCGAACCGCAGUUCUGGAUGCGGAGGAGGAACCGGCGAGCGAAGAGUCUUGCCGGGAGGACCCCACUAAGCUCGGUGUGCAAGAGCUGCGUGCCUGGGCCGGAAGGAGCACGGCGUCCCUCAUUCAGAUGGCUGGUAAGUCCAGUAAUCUGAAAGGGACGUACGUUAAAAAAUUUAAGGAGGCUGCCUCGGAGCUGCAAGCCAUAGUGGAGGCCCUCAGCUCACGGACUGAGGCUGAGGAAACCCGCCGCUUGCGGGCAGACAACGCCCGCCUCCGCUCUGAGCUCGACCUUAUAAGGACGGAGCAGAAGGCGUAUCGGCGGGACUUCGCGGAGAUGAAGACCGCGAUGGCCAAAGAGGCGGCUAGAGCAGCGACGAGAGGGGCAGGAGCGCCCGUGCCACCUGCAGCGGCCUUUAAUGCAGACGUAUUAGAGGAGCUGAAAGCCUCCAUAGUGGCCUCAGUCGGGAGGAUGCUAGACGCCCGCUUCGCGGGAAUCGAGGAGCGUCUCCUCCCAGAAAAGGUGACUCGCCCACCGCUCUCCUCGGACAGAAGAGGGCCGCCACCGCCGCGCUCCGCCGGGACCUCACAGGCGGCUCCGGCUCGAUCGGGGGGCCUCAGAGCGAACGUGGCUCCAGCGACUCCUGAGGAGCCUCCAGCGAGGGCAGGCUCAAGCCGGACAGCACCCGAGGCUGAAGCUUGGUCGGAAGUGGUGGGUCGAAAGACCAGGGGCAAAAAUGCCCCAGGCGCCAAUCCCGCGACGUCAACGCCGAGGCCCCCGCCCGCAGCGGCCCCUAAGCGGAAGCCCAGCCUGGCUCCCCCUAAGACGGCCGCCGUCAUCAUAACUCUGGCUCCCGAGGCGGCCAGUAGAGGUGUGACCUACGCUCAGGUCUUAGAGCAGGCUGAGCAAAGGGUCAACCUGGGAGAGAUCGGCAUAGGCGCGGGGAUGCGGAUUCGCCGCUCUGCGACAGGGGCUAGGCUUUUGGAGUUGCCGAAGGAGAACACCCAGGACCAGGCGGAGUCAUUGGCAGGUCACCUUCGCAAAGCGUUGGAGGGGGUAGCGGAGGUUGUUCGCCCUACAAAAACGGCGACCCUUCGUGUCACCGGGUUGGAUGACUCCGCAACUGCGGUUAAGGUGGCGGCGGCUGUAGCACGCGCAGGAGGCUGCUCGAUUGUUGCGGUCAGGGCGACUCCGGUGCAGAGGAGCCCCAUGGGCAUGGGGUCGUCCACCGUUUACUGCCCGGUGGAUGCGGGCAAAAAGGUCUGCGAGGCCGGGCGUCUGUUGGUGGGCUGGAGCUCCGUCAGAGUCCAGGCCCUGGAGCAGCGCCCUCUUCGCUGCUACAGGUGCCUGGGGAUGGGGCACACGGUAGCCUUGUGUACCUCUGAAACCGACCGGAGCAAGAUGUGCUACCGGUGCGGAGAAGAGGGACACAGACACUCAGGGUGUGAGAGGCCCAUACGCUGCGCCGUCUGCGCGGACGCCUCUCAGCCGUCGGGGCACAUCAUGGGGGGGAAGAGCUGCCACCCCCCUCAAGGGAAGGCCCGAGUUGUCUCCUCGCAGAGCAACCGAAGUGGCCCAGCGCGGACCGAAGACACUGAUAUGCCGUCAAAUGAAUAG